AUGGAAUGCAUCCUGCAGCCCCUGCAUUCCCCCCGGAGAGCCGAGAAUCUCUCUCCUCGGGGUUCCAGUUGGGAAGCUGCAGCCCCUGUGAGUGGGCGGAGCCGAGGAGGGUUCAAAAGGAGGUGGAGGGAUACGCGGGCCACAGUCGGAACUACUUUCAGGAGGAGGUCACGUGUACUUCUAGUUGGGGAACUUUCCAAAUUCCCACUCCCAUAUGAUAGCUGUAGAGGCAAGUGCUUCGCUUCCUUUGCCCGGAGUACUCCCGCCUUGUACGGGCAGCGGGACCCCAGAGCCUCCCGCGUCUCGAUGGAAGAACAGGCUCAGACGAGCCUCCCACUGGAGCGCAGUCGGGGCUGGCGCCGGAGGAGCUGGUUACACAAGCACCCACAUCCAAGCACGUGCCCCCGCCUUCCCUCACCUUGGCUGCUGCCGCUGAUUCUUACAGAUUUCGGAGCGAGGGUUCCUAAGCUGGUCGCACCCUUUGCCCGCUACCCACAGAGCAAGCUAGAGGACCGAAACCUGGGACUCCGAGCUCUGGAAUCACUAGCUCUGCCUUCCCAACCGUGGGAGAAGGGGCUAGAUUUCAGGGGUCUGGCGCAUCUUUCUCGCUAGCGCCCUGCCCCUUAGGGCGUAACUUUCCUGGUGCUGUACUCGCGGGGCAAAAGGGUAUCUCCUGCAGCAACCCGCUGCGUGAAUUCAACGUCGUUGCGACAAGCUUUCAGUCAAUACUUUGGAGCUGAUGAGCGCGCCCCACCUACUGUAGACUCAGCCAAGUGACUUAUCUGGUCGGAGAACCUAGUCCAUGGCCUUCUGCCCAGAACAAACUUGUCAAGUCUGCUUACAGUUCGGAUUGGUUGACCUAAACCGCGAAAGAGCUGGUUCAGAAAUGCUGAGAACUGGAGUGCAUUUACCCCAACAUCGAUCAGCCUGUAAAGUGAGUUGUCCGCUGUCUACUUGGAGAGAAAGAGGGCAUCAAUACCAACCUAGGAAUUCUUUCUUUCCGCUGGGAAGCAAAACUCAAGAAUUUGAGUCCAAAAGAAUUUAAGUUGAUACCUAGGUUGAGGCACUAGUCGUGUUUUCAUAUCUUGAGAAUGGGAUGAGUUUGCAUGUGUAUUGCAGUAAUUGUGAAUAUGUGGCUAGGGAAGGUCUAAAGAGAAUUUACUCAAUGUAUGAGAAAGAAAAUGAUAAAUGAGCACAUCAUAGUUGCAGGCAGCCCCUGAGGACUAGAAACCUCAAGAGAGCUUGCUUAGACGCCACAGACCAUUACCUAACUCCAGCACUACUAAUUAAACCAGGGAUACUUACACUGCUCUUAGGAGAUCUCUGAGGCUUCGUGAAACUUCGAAUUUAUAUGCAACAUCCUUUUAAGAUAGCACUACAGGAGUUAGCCACCUGCUGAAUCUUCAGUGUUGGUAUUUAUUGAAGCUUGGUUUUGUGCAUAGUCCUGGUCAGCUUGGGGGAAGGAGGGGCCACAAGUGAAAAAAGAAGAACAGGAGAAAGGCCUCCAUUUGGUUUCCAAAGAUGAAAGCCCUGUCCACACAGCCUAAUGUAAGCCAGAGAUUUCUCUAUUUUAUAAAUAGAAAUAAGCCCCUGAUUUUCAGAUGUUCCACUAGAUUGCAUGGCAAGAUCCUGAGAGUGGCCUUCAAUUGAUUAUCAACUAUUGCUUGGUGAGGAAAGGGAAAAUGAAGAUAAAGUUAAAUGAAGGCAAGUGAUUGCAGAGGGGUACAGUGUCCCAUGUUUGUUUUUCCAGUUUCUGAUCUUGUCUCCAGAGUUCCGGUUAUUAGCACUGCUCUUCCUUACCCCACUCCCCAUGUGAAGAUGAGUCUCACAGCGUCUGAGAAGUCCUGAAAUCCACUCCCUGGGAAGAAUGUGGAUUCAGUCCUGCCCUGUUGGGUGUUAGGUCUGAGGAGAGAAUCCUUUUCCUUGCUGUGGCACAGAGCUAUUCUGGAGCAGACAGGGUGUACAUCACCAGCACGAAUGUGCUGGAAUAUGAGAAUGGCCCACAAGUACUUCUAUCUGCUGAUGGAAGAAACUGGAAAAUGAGUUUUGCUGCUACUCAGGUCCCUCUACUCAUCUUCAUGGUGAGUUAAAGGACCACCAAUGUUGGUAGAUAUUUGACCAACCUGACGGCAAUAUCAGGUGGUUAUUAGAAGCUGCUGAGUAAAAAUUUCUUACCUUUCCCAGUAUUAAGUGGGUUCCUGGAGGAAAUCCUUGUUUUUUUUUUUUUUGGUUUGUUUUUCUUCACUCUGUCCUGCUACCCCCAGAUAUCUCCUUACCCAGGUGGUAGAGCUGAAACCUCUAAAUAGCUGACCCUAUCUAAUAUACAGAAAGUUGUUUUUUGUUUUUUUUUUCCAAGUUCAAUUGCCAAGUAUCUCUUUGGCUGUACAGGUAUUACAAUAGGUUGGUUUCUAAACACUUCAGUUCUCUACAUGACUGGAUUCAGACUGCCCUGGGAGAAACAGAAGCUUGUAACAAAAGGAGAAUUAUUUGCUUCAGGGAAAGUAACCAUAUAGAAUAAUUAGUGAACAUGAUAAACUAGCUUUAAUUAUAGUUUUUAACAGUUGAUUCCAAAACUGUAUUGUUACUGCAUCCAGAGAAUAUCUGAAGAAAGUUCUUUUCUUAUUUUCUUUGAUAAGUGAAAUGACCAGCAACUUUAUGGGGAUGAUAUAAAUAGUUGAUGUGCUCUUUGUAGGUUCUGCCGCUAAAAUGUCUUUUGUUGAACACUGAUUGCUAUAGUGCCUUUCUCAUCUCCCACACACUGACCUUUCAAAUAGAGAUCUAAAUCAAUGGCUUUAAUUUUUAAGCAAUCUUCUCUAUUUUUAUCUACUUAACCACUAUUUUCUAACUAAUACAGACUAAAACACAUACAAUAAUUACAGAUUUUCAUUUAAACCAUCCCAUUCUUCCAACAGUCUGAAGACUUUUCCCUUAUUUCAUUUAUCCUAAUUACAAAUAUUCCUGUUGUUUUAAAUAAAGAUAUUUUGCUUACCACAUUUCUCCAGAAGGUAUCCGUAUGGAUGAUACAAGCAACCACAUCCUAAAAGAGAAUGCUCCAUUAUCUCUACAAGUUCUUCAUGCCAUAGUCUCCUGGAGCUAUUUUAGAUGGCACUUGUGUCUCUUUCACAUCUCAGUAGAGAGAUGUGCUGUAUGAAAUUAUCACUCUCGGAGAAAUAAGGGUUGGGCUGGGUGCUUCUGGGAGAGCUAUGGGGAGACUGGGCACUCACUAUGUCCAAGUAGCAUUUAGAAAUUGUGACUUGGACUAGAGAGUGAUAGAAAGGAAAGACCUAACAUCACAAGACAGCUUUGAUUGUUUUAGUCUCUUUAUCUAACACCGGCUCUGGGACAUUCCAUUUUGGUGCCCUUAAUACUAACACUAGCCCUAUGGAACACAUUUUUUGUCUUUUGGCUCUUUCAGUAAUAGAAGAAGAUAACUUCUAUGUUACCAGUAGAUAUUUGGGCAUUUACCAAGUGCUUCACAGAGUAGCCCUCAUUUGUCUAGGUAUAGGAGGGACACUGAGAAGGAGUCAAGGUUAACAAUUACCUCACUCCUACAAAACUUUCCCUCAGAACAGCAUUCUGGCUUCUGAGGUAUCACUUUUUCUGAUAAUAAAGUAACAGAAAACCUUUUUGAAAGAGAAAAUGCAUGGUUAAAACUCUAUUUAAAGUAUAGGGUCUUAACUCCAGUCAGUCAUUUAAUGAUUCAGUCAACAAAUAUGUGGAAGUCUUUUCUGUGCCAGUACUAAUCGUGUGAAGCUCUGUGGACACCACAAUGACUAUGGUAUUGGACUAUAGGGUCCAGCCUUUAUGGGAUAGUCUCCUUGAAAACUUGGCUUCUUUGUCUGACAUUGUUGCAACCU